AAACACAGCAAGUGUAACACAAGGACUUUGCGCCAUUAUUUACCACCAAAUUAUCUCAUACAAAAAUCUCUCGUAUAUACCUGAUCAAGAUAAGCCCUAAACCCAGCAGCACUGUCACAAGGGAACGUGUUUGCCCCGCACUUCAUCUCACCGACCCCAAUCUUACUGUUUCUGACCGCCCCUCUCCCUUCAAAAUGGUAACUCGAUAACAACCGCCACACGCUCUUUCGGUUUACAAAUUUAAAGACGCAAUUUACUAAUUGCGGGAGCAUCUUCUGCUCCAAGUCACUUGCAAUGGACGCCACAGACCGCCAGACUGGUGCUGAGUCACCGAAGAGCAUGGUCUUGGAGCAAGCCCCCAGACUCCAGAUCAACGGGGCGAGUGCACUCAUGGAUGCUGUUGAAGAUGUCUUAUUUGGCUCUAUUGCAGGCAUCGCAGGAAAAUUCAUCGAGUACCCAUUCGACACCGUGAAGGUUCGGCUACAGUCACAACCCGAUACCAAACCUCUCCGAUAUGCAGGGCCACUCGAUUGCUUCAGGCAGUCCUGGCGCCAGGAAGGCAUGGCCGGUCUAUACCGAGGGAUCAGUGCUCCGCUAGUCGGCGCAGCAUUGGAGAACAGCAGCCUUUUCGUCUCCGAACAAGCAGCACAGAAACUACUAUUCGCCUCCGGAUUAUACAAUUCAGAUUCCCCCCUACCUCUCUCGGCAUUGUUCUGCACAGGAGGUAUGGCAGGAGCAGUCACCUCCCUCGUCCUCACUCCCGUCGAGCUCGUCAAAUGCAAGAUGCAAGUACCGACCGCCACCGGCCCCGAUGGUUUAAUCACAAAACACCAAACUGUCUCCUCCAUCAUCCGCAACGUGUUUCGUCACCAAGGCCUCAUGGGCUUCUGGCACGGGCAAAUGGGGACGUUGAUUCGUGAGACUGGAGGCUGCGCAGCGUGGUUCGGGAGUAAAGAGACUGUCUCGAUGCUGUUCCGCAAAUACAACGAGAAGAAGAGAGGCACCGUGGAUCCACACGUACACGGUUCUGUCCACCCUCCGUUGCCACUAUGGCAGCAAGCGGUGGCUGGUGCGUCGGCGGGAAUGUCAUAUAAUUUCCUGUUCUUCCCCGCUGAUACGGUGAAGUCGCGGAUGCAGACAUCGGCAGUUAAUGGGGCUGAGAAGCAACCAAGCUUCUGGGCGGAAGGAAAGGCGCUUUGGAAGCAGGCGGGCCUCAAGGGGAUGUAUCGUGGUUGUGGGAUCACUGUUUUUAGAUCGGCACCUGCAUCAGCGUUUAUUUUUAUCAUAUACGAUGGUUUGAAGAGGGAGCUGCAUUUCUCUUGAGCUUAGAGAAUGGCGUUUGGGGAUAGAGGCUGCAUUGUUGUUAGAUGAUGGGUCGUCUUUGAUGAGCUUUCGAAGUGUAUAUAUAUGGGCACUUGGACGACGCUGAACUGGUACAUGAGGUUGCAGGAAGAUAUUAUUGGUAUAGAGGGGAGGGUUGAAUAAAGCGGCAGACAUAUGGGCGGCGUUUUGGGCUUCUUUUCGAUAGAUUGAUGAGUAGCACGAAACAAGAUACUUUUUAAGAGUGAUAACUUU